AUGAACGAUAUGAACAAGACCCAUGUGACCACAUUUGAGUUUUCUGGACUGACCCAUGACCGGAAUCUGUCUGUCUUCCUCCUGGUCUUCUUCCUCCUGAUUUACAUGAUAACCGUGUUUGGUAAUGUUGGGUUGUUUGUCACUGUCUAUAAGACCCCCGUCCUCCACACCCCCAUGUACUACUUCCUCAGUUACCUCUCCGUGGUUGACCUCUUCUAUUCCUCCACGGUUACACCUAAGAUGAUUGCUGACCUCACCUCUGCCCGCAGGGUCAUCACAUUUAAUGGUUGUGCCAUCCAGUUCUUCUUUUUUGCCACCUUUGCAGCUAUAGAUGUUCUUCUCCUCUCAAAUAUGUCUUAUGACCGCUAUGUGGCCAUCUGCCACCCUCUACGUUAUGUGUCCAUCAUGUCCAAGAAGAAGUGUCUGUAUCUGGGUCUUUUUGCCUUUUUUUUCGGCAUUUUGCCAUCUUCGGUACAGACUUGUUGUAUAUUUCGUCUUCGAUAUUGUGGCCCAAACCUCAUUGAGCACUUUUACUGCGACAUUCCAUCUGUGCUCAAGCUGUCCUGCUCUAAGACAUAUACCUGUGAGAUGAUCACUCUUCUGUUCGUAGGAUCUUAUAGUGUCGGUUCCUUGGCCACCAUAUUGGUCUCAUACAUUUACAUCCUGGUGGCCAUUCUAAAGAUAAACUCUACGAUGGGCCGACAGAAAGCCUUCAGCACCUGCUCCUCACACGUCAUCUGUGCCUCCAUCUUCUACGUGUCCGUGUUCCUCACCUACUUACGACCUCCUUCAGAGAACUUUGAUCAACAAGACAAGGUGGCCUCCGUCUUCUACUCUAUCAUGACCCCCAUGUUAAAUCCUCUUAUCUACAGUCUGAGAAAUAAAGAGGUAAAGGCGGCCAUUUUGAAUGUUCUCGCCGAGGCGUUGCGCAGCCUUAGAGAUCUGAAGAUAUGUCAAUUGGAUCUUAAGUGUUGA